GGACCCGCCCAGCCCACUGAUUGAGAGCGGCGCUGUCCAGGGCCAGCUCCGCGAGCAGCUCCGCCAGCUCGGGACAGCCUCGCCGCAGUGACCCGCGCGCCAUGGACUCGGAGUGGCCGCCGUCCCUGGCCAGCGUAACGCCGGCGCGCGAGGCCUAGAAUGACCCAGUCCCGAGAGGCGCUGACCAUCAUGGCGGAGUCGGGUCCAACCUUCAGCAAGGCGGGCACCCUGGCCGUGCCGCGGUGGGCGGCGCUCCUGGCCGCCGCCGUGUUCGUGGUGAGCCUGGUCGUGACCGGGCUGGUGGUGUACUCGCUCACCUCCUGCCCGCCCGCCCCCGCCUCCCCGGACGAGGCGGCGCGGGCGUCGGGGGCUCUGGACGCGGCGGGGCCGGGCGGCGCCAAGGACAAGAUCGACGUGCGGCUGCCGCGCAGCGUGCGGCCCGUCUCCUACGAGAUCAGCCUGCUGCCCUUCAUCAAGGGAAACUUCUCCUUCAGGGGCGAGGUGGCCAUCAUCCUGAACGUGACGGAGGCCACCAACAACGUGACGCUCCAUGCGCACGAGUUGGCCGUGGACGAAAGCUCGGUGGCGCUGACGCUCCAGGACGUUGAUGCGUCCACGGGCGUUCCCCUGGGGCGGCAAAGCCGUGACCCCAAGCGCCAGUUCUACGUGAUCAAGACCAAGAUGCCGCUGAAGCCGGGCACUUACCGGAUCAAGCUCAAAUUCACCGGGAUUCUCAGCGACGACCUACAGGGCUUCUACCGCAGCUCGUACAUCGAGCGUAACGUGACCCGCUGGGUGGCCGUGACGCAGUUCCAGUCAACGGACGCCCGGCGCGCCUUCCCCUGCUUCGACGAGCCGGCCCUCAAGGCCCGCUUCAAGCUGCACCUGGCGCGGCCCGUGGACAUGACCACCGUCUCCAACAUGCCACAGCAAAGGAACUCCACCAGGGUGGAUGGCGUACCCGGCUACGUCUGGGACCACUACGAGGAGUCCGUGCCCAUGUCCACGUACCUGGUGGCCUUUGCGGUGACGGACUUCGAGAGCAGGCGGAGCAGCAUGCGGAACGGCACGUUCGCCGUGUGGACGCGGAGCGAGGCGGUGGACCAGGCCAAGUACGCCCUGGAGAUCGGCCCCCGCGUGCUCGAGUACUUCGAGAAGUACUUCAACAUCAGGUACCCGCUGCCCAAGAUGGACAUGAUGGCUCUGCCGGACUUCGCGGCGGGCGCCAUGGAGAACUGGGGGCUCAUCACGUACCGGGAGAUCGCCAUGCUGUACCAGGAGGGCGUGUCCAUGACCAGCAACAAGCAGCAGGUGGCGACCGUGGUGGCGCACGAGCUAGCGCACCAGUGGUUCGGCAACCUGGUCACGCCGUCCUGGUGGUCCGACCUCUGGCUCAACGAGGGCUUCGCUAGCUACGUCGAGUACUUCGGCGUUAAUGCG